AUGGAUGAGGAAGGGCGAUUGCGGAAUGUAUUUUGGGCUGAUGCGAGGUCUAGAGCAGCCUAUGAGUCAUUUGGAGACGUAUUGUUCUUUGAUACUACAUAUCUUACGGAUAAGUAUGAUUUGCCACUUACUCCUUUUGUUGGAGUUAACCAUCAUGGCUUGUCUGCAACGCAAAGAAAUGAAAGUGUGGAUGCGUUUUUUGAUGAUUAUGUAAGUUCAAAAACUUCAUUGAAGCAAUUUGUUGAGCAAUAUGAUAAUGCCUUGAAAAGCAAGGUCGAGAAGGAGAAUAAGGCGGAUUAUUUUUCUUCCAACUCGACCUACAAGUCGGUUACUGAUUGCUUCUUUGAAAAGCAAUUUCAUGAGAGCUACACCAAUGAUAUAUUUAGAUUGUUCCAAGAUGAAUUGAGGGGUUUGCUCUACUGUAAUUGUGAGUUGGACAAGGUUGAUGGUUUGAUAUCUUCUUUUAAUGUGACAGACAUUCAAAGGGGGAAGGAAGUGAAUAUUCUCAUUGAGAAAGAUGUGAAAGAGAUUCCAUCACGUUAUAUUUUAGCUCAUUGGAGGAAGGAUUUGAGAAGACGCUAUUGUAAUGUCAAAGAUUGUUACGAAGAUCGGCGGAUGAGUGAGCAUAACCUGCAGUUUGAUAACUUAUGCACCAACUUUUUUGAAGCAGCAGAGAUUGCGGCAAGUUCAAGCGAAAAGUAUUGA